AUGCACCGACCCAAGAAAUUUGAUCCGCCUUGGAUUGAUUUCUUUACAAACCCGUGUCCAUACUUCUUGAGCCAGACGAAACAGUUUCAAUGCUUUUCCAAGCUCCCAAAGGAACUGCAGCUCAUGAUCUGGAAGGAAGCAAUCGCAGACGGACGCAUUGUUCCCAUUAAUCUUCAUUUUGACGUUGAUAAAAUGGUGCCUCUUCUCAGAAGAUAUUCUGAUUGGGAGGGGCGUGCAAGAUUUCUAGCUAGUGGCGAAUUUCGACAGUUGUUGUCCCUGAGACCAGCUGAUCGUCCUCCCGCCGUGAUGUCUGCCUGUCGGGAUUCGAGAGCUAUGGCAAAGAAAGUCUUGAGCCCAGCAUUUGCAGCCCAGACUAAUAGCCGCAUGUUCUUCAAUUUUAGCAAAGACGUGCUUCACUUCCAGUGGGACUCAGCAGCUCGGCUUUUCUGUGAACGAAGUCCCAAUUUUGGGAUCUCGAGGACUCACCUCGAAUCCAUGCGAAGCCUGGCAUUGUCGUUCAACGCCAUCCCAAACAUCGUGCUCUUCAUACUUAUCUUCCGAGCCUUCACGAAGUUGAAGGAGGUCGUUAUUAUCUCGGACGUGCCGGAUACGGAGAAGCAGCCUUUCGAUCUUGCGGUGGAGAUGAACAAUGUCUGGGGUUCGUUGAUGAACAAGAAGGCAGCUAUAGCGGCUAUGAUCGAGGCCAAUGGAGGAAAGGGUCGAGAGUGGAAGAUGCCCAAGUAUCGAUUUGUGAGGACCGCUGAUCUCCCGGAUAUUCUCGAUUGGCAUAACGUGGUUGAAGUCGAGGACGAAGAUAAAACUGAAGCUGGAUCCGAAGAUGGGAGCGAAGCCGACGACGCUGAAGCUGAAGCCGAUACUGGAGCCGUAGCUGAUACUGCAGCUGGAGCCAACUCAGGAGUCAUAGCUGAUAUUGCAGCUGAAGCCAAUACUGAAGUCGUAGCUAAUACUGCAGUUGGAGCCAACACUGGGGAUGGAAUCAACACUCACGGCGGGACAGAUACUGGGGACGAAGUCGAAGUCGACUCGGAAGAUGAAAUUGAUUCUGAAAAUGAAGCCGACUCUGAAGAACAAUUCUAUUCUGGAGAAGACGAAGUCGAUUCUGAAGAUGAGGUCUACUAUUCUGCAGAAGAUUCUGAGGACGAAUUCGUCUUUGAAGAUGAAUUCUUCUCUGAAGAAGAUGAAGUCGAUUCUAGAGAUGAUGCUGAGGGUUUCGACGAGGAUCAAGAUGAUUAUCUCUUUGGCAACGCAUCUAUGUUUGACGAUGAUUUCAUCUUCAAUACCUCUUCACCUUACUAA